AUGGCAUCACCAACCAAGCGCCAUAAGGCGAAACGCCCUAGCCUCGAGAACGCUUUCGAAGGCCUUGAGGUUACACCAAGCCUAUCAAAUCCUGGGACCUCUCCAACAAUUCACCUUGGGAAGUCUCUUCGCAAAAUGAUGAAGUCUACCCUCCGUCUCGGCCAUGGAACCGUGUCUCGCUCCGUGCGCGGCAUAGAGACCAAGUUCACAAUUACCCAGGAUGAAUUCUACGACUACAAGAUCGCACACGAGGACUUCGACCCUGACUUGGUUUUCCCUGAGAUGGUUAAGCUUGGAAAUCAACUCCAAGAUAUUCUCCAAGCACGCCUCGAUCCUGAACAAGAAGCUGCGUUCGAGAACCACAUCUUGGAAUGCCUGGUUCACAUGGUCUACGGCUCAAACAUGAUUGAACAUGCCGGUGCGGGACUUGAAAUCACCUGGAAGCUGUGCAUGAGGAUCUUUCAAGGCGAGCAGGUUCCUGAGGACAUUGGAAAGCGGGAUGAGGAGUACAUGCGCAUCAAGGAGGAACGCAUGCGCGACAAGCUUUCCACGAGUACCGCCGCUGUCCUGCGCAGUCGCCGUGAAAUUGUUCAGCACGCCAAAGCAGCUGCGUACAUGAUCACAGAGCUCUGCCUACAUGACCGGGACUUGUCUGAGGAGAUUAUUCUGGAAACGCAUCGUAUCUUGACUUAUAAAGUCGAUGCUGAAAGCGCCCCUUGGACACAAUACAGUGGUAUCUAUCGUUGCGUGGAUGUUAGCGCAGGCCUCCAUACAUUUACCUAUCCUGUUCUCGUUCCUUCCAAGAUGCAACAAAUGAUUUACGAGCUUCAAUCCGACCUCCAACAAGCCGCAAAGUCUGGCGUUCUCGACCCUAUCAUGCUUGCAGCCAAGUACACACAUAUUUUCGUCAACAUCCAUCCAUUCCUCGAUGGAAAUGGCCGUAUGUGCCGUCUGAUCUUGAACAGUAUGCUUCUGAAGUUCGGCAGUUUCAUUGUCUGUCUUGGGGAAUAUGGGCCAGACCGCAAAGCUUACAAUGAGAUCGCCUCGGCCGCGUCUCAACUUGAAGAUACGUAUGACGGCCGUGAAGAGGAGGAAAAGCCUGUUAUGCAUAAGGAACUAGCAAGUCUGAUCUUGUCGCAUGCUAAGAAUAGCCUGGGAAAGCUCAUCAAGGCGAUCAUGAAAUAG